UGGAACCCAGGGCCAGCCCAGUUGGGAAAGGAUAAAAGGCCGUGGCUGGGGCAGCGGCUCACUGAGCUUGCUCCCUCCUGCUCUCUGCGGCUCCCUCUCUAGCAACAGUCAUGCGGUCCUCCUUGUCCAGGCAGACCUUCUCCACCAAAGGAGGCUUCAGCUCCAACUCAGCCAGCGGAGGGGGCGGGAGUCGGAUGCGAACCAGCUACAGCUCCGUGACCAUGUCCAGGGGCAGCGGCAGUGGAGGGGUCCGCUCUGGCCCCAGUUCCGGGGGCUUCGGCAGCCGGAGCCUCUAUAACUUGGGAGGCAAGAGCGUCUCUGUCAGCGUGGCUGGCGGGGCGUCCGCCGGCCGGGCACUAGGAGGCUUUGGCGGUGGGGCCUACGUGGGCCUAGGGGCUGGCAGGCAGACAUUUGGGCCCGUCUGCCCCCCCGGGGGCAUCCAGGAAGUCACUGUCAACCAGAGCCUGCUGACACCUCUCAACGUGGAGAUAGACCCCGAGAUCCACCGGGUGCGCACCCAGGAGCGCGAACAGAUCAAGACCCUUAACAACAAGUUCGCCUCCUUCAUCGACAAGGUGCGCUUCCUGGAGCAGCAGAACAAGGUGCUGGAGACCAAGUGGACGCUGCUGCAGGAGCAGAGCCAGAAUACAGGGGUCACCAGGAGCUUGGAGCCUUUCUUUGAGAAUUACCUGAGCACCCUGAGGAGGCAGCUGGAAGCCAAGCAGAGCGAGCAGGGGCGGCUGGAUAUGGAGCUGAAGAGCGUGCAGGAUACUCUGGAGGAUUUCAAGAACAAGUACGAGGAUGAAAUCAACAAACGCACGUCCUUGGAGAAUGAAUUUGUGGUGCUCAAGAAGGAUGUAGAUGCUGCAUACAUGGGCAGAAUGGAUCUGCACGGCAGAGUGGACACACUGAGCCAGGAGAUCGAGUUCCUCCAGCACCUCUAUGAGAUGGAGCUGAGCCAAGUGCAGGUCAACGUGUCUGACACCAACGUGGUCCUGUCCAUGGACAACAACCGCAGCCUGGACCUGGACAGCAUCAUCGCCGAGGUGAAGGCGCAGUACGAGCUGAUCGCCCAGAGAAGCCGGGCUGAGGCUGAGUCCUGGUACCAGACCAAGUACGAAGAGCUGCAGGUCACAGCCGGGAAGCACGGGGACAGCCUUCGAGACACCAAAAAUGAGAUUGCAGAGCUCACCCGCACCAUCCAGAGGCUGCAGGGCGAGGUGGACGCAGCCAAGAAGCAGUGCCAGCAGCUGCAUACAGCCAUCGCGGAAGCUGAGCAGCGAGGGGAGAUGGCGCUCAAGGACGCGAAGAAGAAGCUUGGAGACCUCGACACAGCCCUGCACCAGGCCAAGGAGGACCUGGCGCGGCUGCUGCGCGACUACCAGGCGCUCAUGAACGUCAAGCUGGCGCUGGACGUGGAGAUCGCCACCUACAGGAAGCUGCUGGAGAGCGAGGAGAGCCGGAUGUCUGGAGAGUGUCCCAGCGCAGUGAGCAUCUCGGUGACCGGCAACUCUACCUCGGUGUGCGCAGGCGCAGGCGGCGCGGCUGGCUUCUCCAGCGGCCUCUCUCUGGGCGGGGCUGGCGGGGCCAGCAAGGGAGGGUUCAGUGCCAGCGUGAGCUACGGCGCUGCCAAGGGCGGGCAGGUCGCCGGGGGAACCUCCAUCCUGCGGAAGACCACCACGGUCAAGAGCUCUAGCCGGAGAUACUAGCAGCCGGUCCCCCGCCGACCACGCCUUCUCAGGGCGCAGAGGCGCGAAUCCGUGGAGCACACUUCACACAUGUUUUGCAUUUGGGAAAGGGCUCAGGGUUCCGCAGCUUUUCUCCUUGGUUCUGCAGUGGAAUGGGAGGGAGGUUAGGGUCGCCGGUUGGUUGACCUGGGGGUGAGCUGACUGUUUAGAGGAGGUAGGCUGUCCCUUUCUGCUCUCACCUCAGCAGAUCCGCGCUGAGUUCAGGGCAAGGGGGAGGAGGAGACCCCGGGCUGCAGUGAGGCCGCCAGACCUCCAACCUCCUCAUCCGGGUCUCCUCACGGCCUAGCCCCCGCCUGUGCCUGUGAUGUCUCUCAAUAAACAGCAAC